UUUGGUAACAUCCAUCAAUACUUUUAAUUGUAAGGAUCAAGUCAAUCUACAAGGAAAUAUAGCUUUGCUCCAAGUAAGUGCUACAACAGUAGUUGUCAUUCAACUAUUAUUCAUAUGAUGCAUAUAUCUCUAUCAUUGAUGAACUAAUAUUUCCUAUAGUUUUGGUAUUGGGAACAUGUUCAUGCUGGAUCGAUUUUGUAUUCUCGUAUACCCCGUCCGCUGAUGGCACGGUGGGAUGAAGCCACAGGUAAAAUAAGACAUGAGGCUUAUGAUAAAGGAGGCCUAUAUAAUGGAUUGGUACCUUUCUAGACUUGACUUCUUUAUUUACCAUAUUUAUUUCUUAGUACUGAUUCUUUAUAUCUUUUCAAAGGUUGUCAUGAACAUCGGCGGUGUGGAGCCAACCAACAUUACAAAUGACCAGCAUACCAACAAAGAUACACAUGCGCAUGAAGAUGCUAUCUAUCUACCACAACCACGAGGUCAAACUAUGAGUAGCCAACAAGUAAGUUGCUCCAAGACACAUCCUUCUCAAUAACACAACAAAGGUCACACCUAACCACACUUAUUUUUCUUCUAACAAAACGAGUUGACAUUUCUUUUAUGCAGAUGGACAUGAUACUUCAAACCCAGAACGAUCUAUUUGCAGAACAAGAGAAAAAGUUGGUCAAACAAGUAGUAGAAGUAGAGCACAAAUUAGAUAAAAGAAUAAUCACCGUGACCAAGGACGUGAUAAACAUAAGGGGUAAAAUUGCCACUCAACCUAGGUUGUCCAAGCUGGAGGAUGAAGUUGGAGACCUCAAAAGGGAACUCCAGGUAAGUGACACUACAACAUCAAUUUUACCCAUAACUUCCUAUAUUUUCAUUCUAUGCAUUUCAUGUUACAGGAAUUAAGAUCCCUAGUUGAAACAAACAAACAAUCAACGACGAACAAUGCAUACGUACAGGUGAUAACUAUGGCCCAUAACCUUGCUAACAUGAGCUAAUUUCUGUUCAUUGACCAACUCCUAAUUUUAGGAACAAGAGCAACCAAGCAAUGGCAAGUUUUCAUCAACUCCUGGGUUUGACGCAUGGAAAGCACGGACUUCUGCUGGUACACCUAGUGCAAAACCUGUGGUGCAAAACGAGGAGUUGGACCAAGACAUCCCACCACGGAAGCCUGUAUUCAACAAUGAUUACAUAUUGACAGAUGAAGACUAUGAGGCUGAACUUUUCAUCCGAGGGAGUCACGACCUUGUUGAGGUAGUUCACAUCGAAGACAUUGUGCUAACAGUUCAUCAACUAAAACCAAAUGUUAGCAAACUAUUCUUCGUCGAUGACGUAAGGCCCGUAUACUGCAAUCUACAUCAAGUAUUCUGAAUUGUGCCAUAUUACAUGACUACAAAUUUUGCAGGUUAUUAAUGCAUAUGCACACAUUAGCAAUGUUGCAACUGAUGCUACAUCAUUCAUUUCCAUCGUAGAAAGCAGAAGAUUGCUAGGCGAAUUUGGGGGUAUUCCAAUGGGAAAGCCCACAUGUUGCUAAUGUAGCAACAAAAUUUGUAGGACGCAAAAUGGUAUGCAUAUUUCCUGACUUGUUUAAUUGUAUAUCUUGAUUUUCCCUAAAUUGAGUCCGCUUUAAUUUUCUGCCAGGUACGUGUCCCAAUGAAUGUGCACAACAUGCACUGGUUAUUACUCGUGUUUAAUUUAGACAAAGAAGAGAUCCAGGUCCUAAACUCCAUCCAAGCAUAUCGUGACAUUGCCAAGGAAACUGCACUGGUAAGCUUGCUCUCUUGCUUCCUCUUACCUCAUGUGACACUUUUUGAAAUGCACUGACGCAAUCCCUUGAAUCACUCCUCAUACACCAGGUGGAGUCCAUUCAGGCGUGUAUCAACGAAGCGGUCGAGGAUGGCUUGGUAACACUGCCUAAACCCAUCAAUAUUACCCAGUGGAAAACCACUUGAUAUACUAACAUACCACAACAGACGGAUGGGUACGUAUAGGCAGCUACAUGAUUCCUCACCUACAUUACAAUACUUAACUUCAACUUUACAUCACAGUUAUUCCUGUGGAGCGUACACACUCAAAUACAUGUUGACAUGGGACGGAGACAAAAUUACUGAGGAUUUCACACAGGCAGAAAUACAUAUUUUCAGCUGGAAAAUAUGUUCAAGCCUGCUGCGUUCGGAUUGCAACAAGCUUCGGAAAAAAUCAUACAAGAAUCCUAUAGAGAAGGACGAGUACGAAGCCAGCAUUCCAGAGGAACGAAAAGGUGCAGACGACGACGUCACGAUUGUCAGCAACCCUGAUGUUACAAACAAACCAGACACAUCCGGUGCCCCAAAGCGUAAACGUGGACGCCCGAGGAAGAAUGCCCCUCCUAGUAAUCCAGUGAAACAACAAUUUGACACAGAGACUAUCGCUAAACAAGUGGAGUCAAAAAGACGCAAGCGCAAACCAUCAAACGCCGUGUCCAGCCCAUUCGUACAGCCAUGAAUGGGCUACACGGAGAGGCACUUCAAGGGCAGAUCCAAAUGAUUGAUCUUCAUGGCAUGUUCUUUGAAUUAAAGACUACACUUAUGUUCUAAUGUUUUUGCAUAUUAUUUGUAUGCUUAUGUCCAUCCAAGUGCUUGACUUUUCAUUGGUUCUUUUUAGAGAAAACCCAGCUAAUGAGCUGCAAGUUCCACUUCUAUCAUUUGCACCAUCUGAUC